AUGCCACUAUUUAAGCUUAUUCUGGAAAAAUCUUAUGGUAAUCAAAGAUGUGAGGAUAUUUAUCGUUGGCCAGUAAAAGAAAGCCUUGAAAGCAUAACAUAUGAGGAUCUUUGUAACAAGAUUCAACAAAUUCUGUCAUCAAAGAAUAACUUUAAUGAUGCGAUAAAUACAUGUGACUACCUGGUAACCUGGUAUGAUGGAGAAGACAUGUGCCGAAUCAGCUGUACUGAGGAACUCCAUGAUGCAGCUAUGACUAUUGCAGGACCUGAUGGUAACAACAAAAGUAUUCGAUUUUAUGUUGCAAUGGGAAUGACAGAAGUAAAAACACCAGGAAAAAGUCGAAAGAAAGAUGGAGCCAGUGAAGACUUCCAGCUUCCUGAUUUACCUGAAGGCCUGGAGCAUCUCGAUUUUAGUGAAAGCCCCACAGUGAACCAAUCAAAUCAAGAGAAUGAUAAUGAAAAACAGAGUGAUAAGGAGACAAAUUCAGAGCCAGUAGACGGAGCUCCUACAUCUGAACCCAGGCCGGAAACUAGUGUUGACAGUUAUAAAUUUAAACAUAAUUGUGCUACUCCCACUGCACCACAGCUAAUAGCAUCACCAGUUGAUCCAAGUUUUCUACCGCCUAGACCUGAUCCACCCACACUACCUACUCCGAUACACGGUGUAAAGCUACCACAAGCGUUUAGUGCUUACUCACCAUACACACUAAGUUACUAUCAAAAUUUUCAGUCUAGAAUGGUUACACCUGUAUUAACAAUUCCACCACAAAUACCAUCACCUCCAUCAACUCAAAACAGCAUUAUACCGCGGGAAGUGGAUCCUUCAAUGCGGAAUGUCCUCACAAAUGUGUAUUACAGCACACAUGCUGCCAAACAGAUUCAACCUAAAAACACCCGACUAACAUCUUCAAUGACUAGCUUACCUAGACAGCCAAAUACAGCAGGAAAGCCACACGUUGAUACUGCUGGAAUAAUCACUAGGUUACGCCAAAUGGGUUUUCAGCAGAGCGAUAUGUAUUUGAACAGUUUAAUUCUCCAUUAUAAUGGCAACCUAAAUCCUAUAUUGGAUAAACUUUACACAGAAGAAUGUAGAAAGUUAUAG